GAUAAAAUUGUCUUGGAUUGCAUAACAGUGUGAACGGCGAUGAUAUGUUAUGGUGGAAUAGUAGAUACUUGGAUGACCAUUAAACCAAAACUAGACUAAGACCCACAAACUUGCGGCAGAUACAAUUGAGGUAAUAAUGAUUGCAAAAAGACGCUUAGUUUUCUCCUCAAAAUGUCUACACUUUGAAGUGUCACUGUGAGUUGCGCCUUCUUUUUCUGAGGAUGAGGUUAGGAUGCUUGAUGGAGUUGGAUAUUCGUUUGAAGAGGGGACGAGAGUUCCGGUUCAGUUCCUAUUUCCAGAGAUUGCAAGGGCGGUUUUUGGUGGGGAUAGCAUCGUGAGAGGAGCAGAAGAGGGAGGUGGUGAAGUCAGCGGCUGUUUAGCUCUAUGUUCGGCUAGGAUGGAGUGGCGUAGCAGAGGCGGCUUAGUCGAUGUUGUGGCGGCGGUAGCAGAGGUUGUGCAGGGAGGUGAGGACGCGUUUGAUUCUCGGUUUGGAUUGAGGGGGUUUUGGGUGAACGGCUUGUCUUUUCUUCUCAAAGGGUCCUCGGUUGGGUGUUGGCACCGGGACCUUAUCUUGUCUGUUGCUCCAUCUCUUCUGUCGGUGUCUGUGGGUGUUAGGAAUGCUUUGAGGACUUUUACUCCUUUGAAUUUGUGUCUUGCAGGUUUGAGUCGUGGUUCUGGGUUGUUGGAGAGCUCUAAGUCCUUGGAUUUGGUCUCCUCUGGUUCUUGUGCAGUUGCUGCUGAUGUUUCUCCGAUGCAGGCGGGCUCAGUGGUUAUGUUAGUGUCCUCUCCUUGCCCAGCUUUGGGUUCUUUUGAUGGGGGGUCGGGUGUCGUUGGUUCUGCGCUUGAGGAGGGAUGUGUCGUACAGCAGCAAGUUCAGUUACCUCGUAGACGUGGGCGUCCCAAAAAGGUUCCUCCUCCCUACCAGAGUAAUCCGAUUUUGGGAUGCGAGGAGCAGCGGGGGGAUUUAGAGGAAGCUGGCGCUUCUCCUGGUAGUGGUGGACCUUACUUCACGCGCUCGAAAAAGACGUGGUUGCUUGGCAAAGUAUUGGGGUUAGAGUUCGAGAGAAGCGACAUAGAGGCUAUCCGUGGUUUGGAGAAGGUCUAUGAGGAUCAUUUUAAGACUUGAGUCACGCUUGUAUAUCCUGGUUAUGUCUGUGAAAGAGUUAGGAUGUUCUUUGUGGCCUAUGCUCUUGUUUUUUUGCCUGUUUAGUUCCUGUUCGGUUUAGCGGGCUUCUUUUUGUUCGUCGAAGUGCCUUGUUAUUAGUGGGUGAUCUUCGCCCCCUGAGGGUCCUGUCCUUAGGGGUUUUUUGUGAUAAUCUUUUUAUAUACUUUUACCUUUCAAAAAAAAAUCUCUCUUAUUAAUUAGACUUAAAUGCAUUUGGUGCCCCUGAUGUUUCAGGUUCGUGUAAAUGACACCCCCCAUCUAUUUUUGUCAAUGUUUGUACCCUCAAUGAAACAGAACAGUGUAACGAGUACCCCUCCGUUAGUUUGACGUUAGAAAACUAACGGAGGGGGCUGACGUGGUUUUUUUUUUUUUCCUAUUUGACACGUCAUUAAAUAAAACUCAAAACUUAGAAAAAUGGUUAAGGGAUUCGAACCCAAGACCUCAAACUUGCAAAACACACACUUUACCAUUUGAGCUGCACAAUCAAUUAGUUAUAUUAUGAACAAAAAUUUAUUUAUAUCAUUAUUCCCCUUGUUCUUCUCAAUUCUUCAUCAUCUGCUUUAUCUCAUCAUUGUGUUUACCAUCUCCAUCCCCAACCACAUUGAAACCCAGAUUUCAACAUCUUGCUCUUCUUCUUCAUCAUAGCCAACUAAACCCAAAAUCAGAACCAACCUCCAUAGUCCAAACCAUCUCCUUCUCCAAUCUUCUACCUCUCCUUAGCAACACGAAAAAGCAAAAUAAACAACAACCCCAUGAAAUGAGAUUCCAACAACCCAGCCAAAAACACCGUUCAAAAACCCACAGACUCAAACCCAAUUUCUAAAAACGAUUCUAACUCUUUUCCCUCUAGAAUUUAAGCUCGUGAGGCUUCAUGCUAGACUUCAAGGAGAACCUGGAACCUAGGUAAGCCUUCAGGUCUGGAACACUCUCGAUGGCGUAAUUUAACAAUGGUACCAGCCAGUAAUUUAACAUGAGAGUGAAGCCAAAAUUACAAAACUCAAAAGGGAUUGAUUUUGAACAGCUAGCGGAUACAGUGAAGAACCAGGGAACAACCUCAGGCACUCAUUGAGCUCUUGAAGUGAUCCUCCAACGCUCCAUCAAUUUGUGCUUCUCUUCUCAGAUCUGGAAACAAAACCAGAAAUCGAACUCAAAAACAAACCCAUAGAUCUCAUUUUUCUGCAAAAUCAAACCUUCUCAAACAGCCACCGCAGCCCAACCUCACUUCAUCCCUACGGCAAACCUUCUCAAACAGCCACCCACACCCAACCUCACUUCAUCCCUACCGCAACCCACAACUGCAAACCUUCUCAAACCCCACCCCCAUAUCGGAAACCUAAUCCACAGCCUCACCGUCGCGCCGCUCUGCUCCACCGCCAUCACCCAACCCCCACCACCGACUGCUGGCCACCACCGCAUCCCACCCCACCUCCACCCCAAAAACCAGAAACCCACUCACCUCCAACCACCACCGCAACCCACCCCACCCCUUUCCCAGAAACCCA